CCACCAUGGCGGAGAUGAUCGCCGUCACCCUCUUGGCAAAGUUCGCCGCUGCGCUGUCCAGCCCGGCGGCCGUCGGGCUCUCCUCUCUCGCCGGCGUCCGCUCGGGAAUGGAAGCGGCGGCGAAAGACCUGGAGCUGCUCCUCGCCUUCCUCCGCUCCGUCGACUCCCUCCGCGGCAGCGACGCGCUCGCCGACGCUUGGGUCGGCCAGGUGCGCGACGUCGCCUUCGACCUCGAGGACGCCGCGGACGAGUACGCCUUCCUCUCCAGGCACAGCUUCUUCCGCCACGGCGGUAACUUGGGUGCCUGGUUCGCGCUCUCCAGGCGCCUGUGGAGGGCGCGGGAGAGGCUCCGGGAGCUCUCGGCCGCGAAGGAGCAGUUAGGAAUCCGGCCGGCGGAGGUCUCCGCGCCGAGCUCGGCUGCUGGUGGCAGAUCCGCGUCGACAGUCGGACGGACGCUAGCGGAGGCGUCGCACUUCGUGGAGGAGGACGAAAUCGUUGGUUUUGAGAUGCACAAAAGGUUACUGAUGAAAUGGCUGACUGGGGAUGCUGACCCCCGGCGGAUGUUGAUCGCAGUCUGCGGGAUGGGCGGCGUUGGCAAGACAACUCUUGUCACUAACGUGUACAAGAAAGUCACCGCAAGCGGCCACUUUGAUUGUGCUGCUUGGGUGGCUGUCUCGAAGAGCUUCACAACGGAAGACCUCCUCAGGAGAAUCGCUAAGGAAUUUCAUCGGGAUGCCCGCGCCGGCGUGCCGUGGGACGUGGACAAUAUGGACUACCGGUCGCUGGUUGAGGCUUUGCGUGGCCAUCUCUCCAAGAAGAGGUAUGUGCUUUUGCUGGAUGAUGUCUGGGAUGCCCAUGCAUGGUACGAGAUCCGUCAGGCUUUUGUUGAUGAUGGAACUGAGAGCCGGAUAAUCAUCACUACCCGCAGUCAAGACAUUGCUUCUCUGGCAUCAUCUAAUAGGAUCGUCAGGUUGGAGCCACUUUCAGAGCUGGAAUCAUGGUCUUUAUUUUGUAACACUGCAUUUAGGGAUGAUGCAGACCGAGAAUGCCCAUAUCGCCUCAGGCAUUGGGCUUCAAAGAUUGUGGAGGGAUGUUGUGGCCUGCCAUUGGCAAUUGUUUCUGUUGCUAAUCUGCUUGUUUUGAAGGAUAGAACAGAGUUUGCCUGGAAAAAUGUAUAUGACAACCUUGCGUGGUAUGAAAGCAGUGAUUAUGGAAUUGGGCAAGUGUCAAGCAUACUGAAUCUGAGCUUUGAUGAUAUGCCGUACCACCUGAAGAAAUUAUUUCUAUAUUGCAGUAUAUACCCUGAGGAUUUUAUGAUCAAGAGGAAGACUCUAAUCAGAACGUGGGUUGCAGAGGGCUUAAUCGAGGAAAAGGGGAAUAGUACAAUGGAGGAGGUUGCUGAUGAUUACCUGAACCAGUUAGUGCAACGUUCGCUGUUGCAGGUUCCUGUCCAGAAUGAGUUUGGACGUGCCAAGCGCUGCUGCAUACAUGACCUGAUCAGGGAAAUGAUUGUGCACAGAUCAGCAAAGGAAAGAUUUUUUGUGUUCUCCAAAUGCACCGCAACAUUGGGGUCAAGCAAAAAAGCCCGUCAUCUUGUAUUUGACCGAUGCAGAAGUGAUCGUGUGUCAGCUCCUAAAAUGAACUCACUUCGCUCCUUCCAUGUAUUUAAGGCGGAUUUGGACGCCUCACUCUUCUCUAGCUUUAGGUUGUUGACUGUGUUGAACUUAUGGUUCAUUCCGAUAGUUAAACUGCCUAUUGUGGUGACUGACCUUCUUAAUCUGCGGUAUCUUGGCAUCCGUUCCACUCUCAUAGAUGAGCUUCCAGAGGAAUUGGGACAAUUACAUAACUUACAAACUUUAGAUGCUAAGUGGUCCAUGGUACAAAGAUUACCGCGAAGCAUAAUAAAGCUCAAGAACCUGCGCCACCUGGUUUUGUAUAGACGACGAUCUGCAGAUUUCACCUAUCCAGGCCCUGGUAUGGCAAUUGCACUUCCAGAUGGGGUAAAAAAUCUGACCUGCCUGCAGACUCUUAAAUACAUUGAAGCUGAUGAGAAGAUGAUUAGAUCCUUAGGAAGCUUGAAGCAGAUGAGAAGUCUAGAGCUAUGUGGUGUGCAUGAGAGCAAUCUUAUUCAUUUGCCCUCAUCCAUCUCCAAAAUGAGUUGCCUACUGCGCUUGGGAAUUAUCAGUCAGGAUGCUAAGGUCAAAUUAGACCUUGAACCAUUCUAUCCUCCACCAAUAAAGCUACAAAAACUUACCUUAGAGGGGAUAUUAGUAAGAGGCAAGUUACCUUCAUGGUUUGGCUCCCUUAAUAACCUCAUGCAGUUGCGAUUGCAUUCAUCUAACCUCAUGGAAGAUUCAGUUGUAUUGCUUUCGUCGCUUCCCCGGUUAUUGCAUCUUAGCCUUGUCAAUGCAUAUAGUGGAAAGAGCUUGACCUUUGCAAAUGGUUAUUUUCCAGCCCUGAAGAAACUAAGCUUGCAGGACUUGCCUAACCUUUCUCACUUGGAGUUUCAGAAGGGAUCUCUUGUAGAUCUACAUGUGUUGAUGCUUGGCCGAUGUGAUCAGCUAACGAAAAUACCCCAAGACAUCAGGAACCUGGUACAUCUUGAAACCCUGGAUCUUUUCGAAAUGCCAAGUGAGAUGAUACAUCAUAUACGGAACGAUGAGGUAUUACAGGAGCAUAAUCAUAACUCUGAGCACACAAUAAAAAUCAAGAGCAUCCGUUGGCAUUAUGGAAAAUUGUUAGAGGAAAAAAUUUAUAUCAACCUAUCACUGUUGGAAAGUUGGCCCUUCAUAGAUAGAGGCAGCAUCAUGUAAAGUCACCUAUUGAAAUUAAUGCAGUUGUAAGCGGCUUUGUACUUUGUAAGUGUAGAGCUUGGUGAUCACUGUGCACACUGGCUCAGAAUUCAAGCGGCUGGUAGAUGGCAAGCUGCGACAACGUUCUCUCUAGCGGCUAUGACGUCCAAUUCCGCUUUGCCUGCCUGCCUGCCCCUGGACUGCCGGCUUGAUGUUUGACAUCUUCAAUGAGCUACCGGAAACUGAAUCAAGUUGGAGUUAAUGUUUGCUCAUGGUUGCUUUUGUUUUGUUGCUUCCAUGGAAGUGGCGCAUAUGUCUAAUUUAUCGUCUGAAACUCUGAAUUACCUGUUUGUUUGUUGAAUCGUGAACCUACUAAAUAUCUUGAACCUAUUAUUAAUUGGUUUAUACGUCGAACUGGU